AUGGAUCCGCCUCCCAAACCUAACGCCGCCUCCUCCGCCCAGACCGCGGUCGACAUCCCUCGGAGUCCCCUCCCUUACAUCCAGCUGUGCGGGAAAACGAUCGUCGUCAAGUACGGCGGCGCCGCCAUGAAGUCGCCCGCCCUCCAGUCCUAUCGUCACCACGACCUCGUCCUCGAGCUCUCCUGCGUCGGCCUUGCCCCGUCCCUCCUCCCAGUCCUCAACGGCCUCGCGCGUCACCGACGCCCUCACCAUGAGGUGCGAUCGAGAUGGGUCCUCGUCGGCACAAGGUCAAAAGUCCGUCGUCUCCCCCUCACAACCUCGCCAGGAGCCACCGCCGUCUGCCUCUCCCGGCAAAGGACGCCCGCCCAAUCACCGCUCCCGCCAAGUCUCCCGACGCCGCCUCCGCUCGGAUUCGUCGCGACGUCGCCACGUGUCAAACCCGCGAUCCUACGCCCGCUCAGUCGUGACUGCCACAUUCCGGUCAUCGCGUCUGUGGCGAGGAUUUUGAGGCGGGCAGGGCUACAAUGUAAUGGGAUACGCAGCGGGGAGAUUGCGCGGCGGAUUGGGACGGAAAAGUUGAUAACUUUUGAGGAUGUGGCGGGGAUUUGAGGAUAAGGGGACCGAUCGGGCAGUUUGGUGAAGGAGAUAGACAUUUCUGGGGUUAGAAAGAUGGUGAGUGAGGGGAAAGUUGCCGGAGGGAUGAUCCCCAAAGUGAAUUGCUGUGUUCGGUCCCUUGCUCAGGGGGUGAGGACUGCUAGCAUUAUCGAUGGGAGGUUGCCGCAUUCGCUGCUGCUCGAGAUCUUGACCGAUGAGGGAGCGGGGACGAUGAUCACCGGGUGAGAUAGAGGUGAGGGUAUGUUUUAGCAAUGGAAAAUUAACUUUAUUAAGUUAGCUUUGUUUUGAAAUUCUCAAAGGAGGAUUGAGUGCUUGUGCUUGUAUUAGGGAGUUGGGUUUUGUUUCUCUGAUGGUUUAUGUAUCUGUAGUCGUUUAUUAUGUCAUUUUAUCUUAUAUCCGAUAAUAAGAAUUUUGAAGUUUGAUGAA